AUGUCUCAGAGAAUUGGUAAUUCGGCUCUUGCUUUAUCAAGGGUAUGGCAUCAUGUCGAUGUUGCUGCUGAUGAAAGAACUUUAGGUCGUAUAGCAUCAAGCAUAGCAUUAACGUUACAAGGGAAACAUAAGCCAACGUUCUCGCCAAAUAGAGACCACGGUGACUACGUUGUCGUCACCAACUGUGCACAUUUGAAAGUAACCGGUAAUAAAUUACAAGACAGAACUUACUGGUCGCAUAGCACUCGUCCUGGUUCAUUAAAAUUGGUGCCUAUGGAGAGGAUGAUCGCUAACAAAGGGUACGCAGAAGUAUUGAGAAGAGCAGUAAAAGGGAUGAUCCCAAAGAAUAAAUUGAGACUCAUCAGAAUGGAUAGAUUGAAACUUUAUGAUGGAGAUGAACAUCCUUAUAAGCAAAACUUGAUUGCAUACGCUGACGAGAUGAAGGAGAUGAAGAGUAAAUUAGCUGAAUUAAACAGAAAAGAAAAGGCAAUGCAAGAUCUUCGUGCAAAGUAUUUGGAAAGUUAG